AUGGAUCCAAAUCCCAAGAAUUUUCCGAUCCUAUCCUACGUCAUGGACAAGCUGCCCACCUUCAAGCGCAACCCUUCCGCCUCCGCUGCCGAUUUCGACGUCGAGAACCCGCCGGAGGCGACGCCCAAGCCGCAGGAGCCUCACUUUGAAAUCACCGAGCGGAUGCCGCAUCUCAAGAACCGUAAGCUCAUCGCUGACAUGCGCCGCGCCGUGGCCGACGUUGUGCAGACCCGAUCCACCCUCGCAGCCCUCGGGACCCGUCCCGACCACGAGACCGUCGACGCGGCUCGCCUGAGGCUGGCCGAGAUUGAGGCCGACUCGUCUACGGACUCGGCGGAGGUGCAGGAAGAGUGCGGGAUUUAUAAGUCGGUGAUAUCGCUGGAGGAGAUGCACGUGGCGUACGAGAAGAUGCUCAGCGAGGCGGAGAGGCGGCUGGAGAAGAUCUAUGAGGCGGCGCUGUCUGGGGCGGAGGCGGUUGAGGAGGAAGGCGAGGGAAAGGAUGGGGAUGUGGGGAAAGAGGAAAUCAAUGAAGAAGUUGUGGCGAUAUUGAAGGAGGCGGAGUCCGGGAAGGCGGUUGAGAAGGUCGAUUUGUCUGAGAGAGGGCUGAGGAUCCUUCCGGAGGCGUUUGGGAGGUUGAAGUCGUUGGUUGUGCUGAAUUUGACUGAUAAUCAGCUUGAGGUAAUUCCUGAUUCAAUCACUGGACUAGAAAAUCUUGAGGAGCUCCAUCUUUCAUCAAAUCUUUUAGAGUCGCUGCCCGAUUCAAUCGGUCUACUGUUUAAGCUAAAAAUAUUGGAUGUCUCUCGAAACAAGCUCACUACCCUACCCGACAGUAUUUGUCAAUGCAUGUUAUUGGUCGAGCUGGACGCGAGUUUCAACAAACUUACAUACCUCCCAACAAACAUCGGGCUCGAAAUGAAAAACCUCAAACGGCUCUCGAUCAACCUAAACAAGAUCCGUUCACUGCCCACAUCAAUUGGCGAGAUGAAAUCCCUGCGCUUUUUGGACGUCCAUUUUAACGAGCUCCAUGGCCUCCCGAAUUCAAUCGGGAAACUGAACAAUCUCGAGAUACUCAAUCUUAGCAGCAACUUCAGUGACUUGACUGAACUUCCUGACACAAUCACUGACCUUACGAACCUCAAAGAACUCGACCUGAGCAAUAACCAGAUUCACGCGCUGCCAGACAAAUUUGGCCGGCUCUCGAGUUUGACCAAGCUCAACGUUGACCAAAAUCCUCUUGUGGUGCCUCCGAAGGAAGUUGUGGCCCAAGGGGUUGAAGCUAUUAAGGAUUACAUGGCUAAAAGAUGGAUUGAGAUACUGAUGCAGGAAGAUGAGAAAAACGCGCAAAUUGUUGAGGAUGAGGCGCAAGCUGGUUUGUUGACCAGAAGCACGUCUUGGUUGAACAACUUUGUGUCGAAUGUUAGUGGGACUGUCUCAGGAUACUUGGGAAAAGGGGGAAAAUCGGAUGCUGACUCUUACCUGAAUCAGCAGUUAUAA